GCAAAAGUUAGUUCUGAACGAAAAAAUAAGGCUGCUACUAGAAAUAUUCAGCAAUUAGCCAAACAAGUUAUCAAUAAGUUAAAAGAAAUAAUUCCUCCCACUACUUUUCAUUUAGGAAACGGCAUG